AUGUUGGUACGUCAGGUUUGUGUCGCUCUGGCGAUCGCUGCUCUUUCUGGAGCAGUCCCAGCACCGGUGAAGCAUGUUUUGCACGAAAAGCGCAGUGAGCAUGUGGAUUGGGUGAAGGGCGAGCGCAUUAAGCGCGAUUCCGUGCUGCCUGUUCGCAUUGGUCUUACCCAGAACAAUUUGGAGAAGGGUGAUGAGUAUCUCAUGGCUGUUUCUGACCCGAGCUCUCCCAAGUACGGACAGUAUUGGACUUCAGAGGAAGUUCAUGAUCUGUUCGCUCCUUCCAAGGAUUCGGUUGAAGCUGUUCGUCGCUGGCUUGAGUCGUCUGGGAUUCAUGAAUCCCGGAUUGUCCACACCGAUAACAAGGGAUGGUUGGCUUUUGAUGCCUACGCGCAUGAAGUAGAGGAAUUGUUCAAGACUAAGUUCUAUGAACAUGAGCAUGCCAGCACUUCCAGCAUAAAGAUUGGCUGCGAGGAGUACCACGUCCCUGAGCACAUCCAGGCACACAUUGACUAUGUUACUCCUGGUGUCAAGCUCAGCCCCAUUGUCAAGAAGAAGCUCAGUACUAUUGACAAGAAGAGCAACAUGGCCAAGCGCAUGUCGCACUUGGCUCAUUCCAAGGGCAUCGAUGAGUCUGCCACCACUGCAGUUAUUUCUGAGAAGGCGAAGUCGCUUCCUGCGGAUCUCCAGAAGUGUGGAACUGACAUUACCCCGGCCUGCAUCAGGGCCUUGUACCACAUCCCCGAGGCCAAAAAGGCAGCCGAGGGCAACUCGCUUGGUCUCUACGAGCAGGGUGACUACUUUUCCAAGACUGAUAUUGAUCUCUACUACAAGAACUAUGCUCCUUGGGUUCCCCAGGGUACUUACCCCAUUCCUGCCUUGAUUGAUGGAGCCAACUUCUCGGUGCCUGAUUACAGCCCGCUGAAUACUGGUGAAUCGGACAUUGACAUUGAUAUGGCUUAUUCCCUCAUCUACCCCCAGACCGUGACCCUUUACCAGGUUGAUGACCAGAUUUAUGAGCCUCAGGAGGUUGCGACCACUAACCUGUUCAACACUUUCCUUGACGCUCUCGAUGGUUCUUACUGUACAUACAGUGCCUACGGUGAAACGGGCGACAACCCCGAUAUCGAUCCGGUCUACCCUAACCCCAGUGCCGGUGGCUACAAAGGCGAGCUCCAAUGCGGAAUCUACAAGCCCACAAAUGUCAUCAGCGCUUCCUACGGCCAAGCCGAGGCCGAUCUCCCCGUCGCCUACACCAAGCGUCAAUGCAAUGAGUUCCUGAAGCUCGGCCUGCAGGGUCACUCCAUCCUCUUCGCCUCCGGCGACUACGGUGUUGCUUCCUUCCACGGCGAUGGAUCCGCCAACGGAUGCCUCGGACCCGAAGGAAAGAUCUUCAACCCCCAGUACCCCUCUAACUGCCCCUACGUGACCUCCGUCGGUGGCACCAUGCUCUACGCCGACCAGACCGUCAAGGAUGCCGAGAGCGUGAUGCACGCUAACUUGGGUGGUACUGCUGCCAACUUCAGCAGUUCUGGUGGCUUCUCCAACUACUUCCCGCAGCCCGCUUACCAGAAGGAAGCCGUGGAGAAGUACUUCGAGAAGGCGAAGCUGACCUACCCGUACUACUCUGAGCUGGAAGUCGACCUUAACACGACAAAGGGUCUCUACAACCGCAUUGGUCGUGCUUAUCCUGAUGUCUCGGCUAAUGGCGCUGUGUUCCCUGCCUACACUGGUGGAAUCAGGGAACACUACUACGGCUCUAGCUUGGCGUCGCCGUUGUUCGCUUCGGUUCUGAACUUGAUUAACGAGGAACGUAUUCACAAGGGCAAGGGCCCUGUUGGUUUCGUGAACCCCGUGCUUUACGCUCACCCACGCGUCCUCAAUGAUAUCACCAACGGUACCAAUGUUGGAUGUGAUACGCAGGGUUUCAGUGCUAUUCCAGGAUGGGAUCCCGCUACCGGACUGGGCACACCUAACUUCCCUGAGAUGAAGAAGCUGUUCUUGUCUCUGCCUUGA